CAAGAUGGCGAAAAGUUAAUGAAAAAGUUUCUAAAGUUUUUGCAUGUAAUAUUUCUUGUCAUUUUCUUUUGUACUUCAUUUUGGAAUAAUACUGGAAAGCUUUGAACCGGAUCUAAUGUUAGAAAGAAGGGUACUUUGUAAGUGACCAUAUAGACUCGUCAGCAAAGUUUCUGGCCGUUGGUAACUGCGUGAUGCAUGUGUCUCCCAGCUCCAGCCCGCGAAUGGCCAAGAGUACAUCACUGGGGGUACUAGACCAUGAUCAUGCCGAUAUGCACAUUGUAGAACAGGAGGACAUCAUUGGCCUUACACAGGAUGUAAAAAACUUCUCAGAUAACCUUGCCAGGCUCAAGGCCUUGUUCACAGAACCAUGGGAGAUCGAUGAAGAUCUGAAGGUGCUUGCCCACGAGCGGCUAGGGGAGGUUUUGUGUACCCUUAAGUCUGUCCUGCAGCGCUACCCACCCCUCAACACUACUGAACUGUUCUCUGCAGCUGGAACACUUAUCAGUAAAAUCAAAAAUUACAGUUAUGAUGACCACAACUGUGACGGAGUGGAGAGUGCCUUCAAUGAUGCCAUUGACCAGCUGGCCCUGGAGUUCAGCAGCAGUGUGUCUGAAUAUUUGAUGGGCGAUCUACAACAUUCUUUCUCCGAAGAUGUUAAAACAAAGUCCUAUGACAACUUGUUGUCGAUGUCGAGCGGAGAGAAUGAAGGCACAGAGGAUGAAAAGGAGGAGCCAGUUGUGAGGUUGACGUCUGAGGAAAUAGAUGGGACUCUGAUGAAACUACAGGCAGGGUUAGAGCUCGCCUUCCAGCGGGCAAAGGCCUGGUCCAAGUACCUGAAGGAUGUGAUGGCAUACAUUGAGCGCAGGGCUCAGCUGGAGGUGGAAUAUGCCAAGAAUCUCUCCAGAUUAGCUUCAUCUGUUAAACCUGUACUCACUGAAGAGGGUUUUCUGCCUCUGCAGUCAGUCUACUGUACCGUCCUGUCACAGGAUGUGGAGUAUUCCAAGACCUGCCAGGCAACCUUUACCCUUCUGCAGACCAGCAAGUUUAUCGAGCCAUUGACAGGCAGAAGGAAUGAGUAUGACAAGGUGCGGAAGACUGUGAAAGAUACCUGGAACAAGGAGGUGAAGAAAAUGCAAGAGUCGGUGAAUAACCUUCGUAAGGCGCAGACGCUGUAUGUUACGCGAAAGCAGGAAUACGCAAAGGCUCGGGAGCUCGCUGCGAAGACAGAGACAGACAUGCUCUCCCACAGCGCGAGUACUGGCAGCAUCACCACAAAGAUGGACAAGAAGAAGAGAGCAGAGGAUGAUGCACUGCAUAAGGCUGCAGAGGCUGAGACAACAUACAAGGCCUGUGUAGCAGAGGCGAACAGCAGACAGACUGACAUACAGAAAACCAAAAAUGAACUGCUUGCUAUGCUGCGGGAACAAAUUCUUUUCUCUGACCAGGCAAUUAAAAAGGCAACAAUAGAAUACUUCCAGCUGCUACAGACCGUGUCUGCUCCAGUACCUGUCCAGUACAAUACACUAUGUGAGUCCACAAAGCGGUACGAGCCUGGUAGCCAGUAUGGGGAGUUUGUCCGCCGUCUGCCUAUCACCACAUUUGAAACCCUGCAGUACGAGGAGUUCAAGUUUGAGCCAUACAGCUACAAAAUUGAUCCUGGAGUCCGAAAGCCAAGCACCCAGUCCAUUGACUCUGCAUCAUCGGACCAUCAGUCAGGAGAGGGAUCUCCCUCACCCAGGAGAUCAGACAAGUACCGCACUCCUCUGCCAGCCUGGUCAGGAGGGAAGGGUAUUGUGUCGAACAGUGACACAGACAGUCACAGUGGGAGCAGUAAGUCAGUUGACAGCUCACCCAGUGCCAGCCCUUACCCGGCCCCUGGGAAUAAACGGCUUGCCCUGUCCAGCUCCAUGGAUGACCUUAUCGAAGAUAACCGGGACAUGCCCAGUGGGGUGAAACAGUUGCUGGCUGUGCCUGGCACAGAACAGAUGGAUGUUAACAGUCUGGUCAAGCGUCAGGGUCAAAGGCGGGGCACGACAUUUGGUGUGGAUUUUCAGGAGCAGGUGGAGCACUACCACUCAGCCAUCCCACCCAUCAUCUCCAAGUGCCUCAAGGAGGUUGAGAAACGGGGCAUCAACGUCAAGGGUAUAUACCGGGUGUCAGGCGUAAAGAGCACUGUGGAGAGUCUGUGUCAGCGGUUUGAGAUGGACCCCGAGUCUGUUACCCUUGAUACAGAAAACCCCAACGUGAUCUCCAACGUGCUGAAACUCUACCUGCGACAACUUCCAGAGCCCCUUCUAACAUUCAGACUCUACCAGAACUUCAUACAGGUUGCCAAGGAGAACAUGUCAGGAGGGUUGGACAUGGAUCACACUGUGGAACACUUCCAUGAACUCAUAGACAGGCUGCCCUUCUCCAAUAGGAAGACCUGCGGGGUCCUCAUGCACCAUCUCAAGAGAGUGGCCUCCCAUGCGGAAUAUAACCAGAUGAACUCCAGUAACCUCGGCAUUGUGUUCGGACCAACCCUGCUUAGACCACAGGGCGGAAAUGCAUCUCUGGCGUGCCUAGUGGACACCCCACACCAGACAAGGGUGGUGGAACUUCUCAUUGUGAAUGCAGAGAACCUGUUUGGGCCGAUGGAAGACCACCAGCUUAUCCCUGGGGAGACGGCCAUUGAGACGAUGAAGAAACCUGUCCAGCCUGUCCUCCUGGUCCCACAGCCUGCUACCAUAGAACUGACAAAAGACCAUAGUCCAAAACAUGAUCUGAAAAAAGAAAAAAGCCCUGUAGUGACCCUGAAGUCACGUGAGGAUCUGAUCCCGCCCCCGUCCUCCAGCCCCCGAGACAGCCCCAGGGAUUCCCAACCACAAAAGAGUACGGAUAUUUUACUGCCGGGCUCAGCUAGCUUUGAGCGGAAGGAGGGUUCAUCUCAGCUGACAUCAGACGCUGGAGCUGGUGGUGGAGCUUUAGUGUACAUGACUCCGCCCCUGUCACCCCGCCACUCUACAUAUCCUCGCCUUACAUCUCCAGCCAGCUCACCCAACCUCUCCAGUCGAUCUGCCCCACCCACAAUCACCGUUGAGGACUCACCUGCCACCCAGCAGAGCUCCUGGUCUGGGCCGGACCUCUCCACCAUCCAACAGAAGGUCCUCCAGCUGCCCCCGGUCAACACCUGGUACCCUAAGGGAGAGAGCAUGUUCAAUAGCAUUUUAGAUUCAAGGUCCCCACAAGUGUACAGGAGAACUCCAGUCUCUGGCAAUAGUAAAACAGCCUCCUAUCCACAGUCUAACAAUCAGGCUUCUACAACACAAGGGUCAUCAAGGGUCUCCUGGCCCCAGAGAUCACAGGACUCAAAAAGUAGUGAGGAGAACCUUUCACCACCAAUGCUAAGUGUAACUACAGAUAACUCUGACAAAUAUGCUUCAGAAAAGUCACCUAAAUUGUUAAGGAAGUGUACAAGUUUCGACAUGGAGAGGUCAAGGCCAUUUCCAGCAAGAUCUAUGAUCAGCAGUCCUAUUGUUCUUAGGAAAGUCUCCAGUUUGGAUGACUGGGAACAGUCAGCUCAUCACUCAACUGAGCCAACUCCAAAUGUUCACAACUGGACUAACACUGACGCAGAGAAUGAGUUAUCAAAGAUAGUCCACAGGGAGGAGGAUGAAAGUUUGGAAUUUCCCCACUGUGAGAGUGUGGCUGACACAACUCGGCACAAUACAAUCUCCGCAGCAAUAGCUGACAGUGGGUAUCAUGAAUUUGUAACUGACGAAUUUGACACGAGCAAAAUAAAUGAAUCACUUGAAGAUCCAAAUAUUCCAGAGACUGAUAUCCUUGAUGACUUUGUCUCUGACUUCGAAGCUAAACAUACUGACAUGGAAAGUGAAACCCAUCCUUUAAUUACAACUAGUGACCUUAGGAAACCAGAAAAUUAUUUAAAAGACAGAAAUGACCAGCCACAAGCCAAAAUAUCUAUAGUUUCAACUGGAAGUGAAGUUUUUAGCAGCCUUUCUGAACUAGGGGCCAAACCAAAAACAAAGAAAGCGUCAACUAAUAGUGGUGUCAGAAAAGGCAGCAAGACUAAAACAAAGUCUGAUAAAGCACAAGUAUCUGGCUCUCCAAAAUUACUUAAAUCUAAGUCUGAAAGUGGACCGAUACCUGUAAAGUCUGAUAAGACCACAGAGAAACAAAAACACAGGUCUUCAACUUCCGCUGUCAAGUCAGCUCUACUGUCAUCUGCUGCUAAGAUCAAAGCAAUCAGUCGCAAAAGUCCAGUUAUGUUGCUUAGCUACAAGUCUCAUUCAAUAAGCAUCCCUGAUGAUACAGAUGAACCAUACAGACUAACAUCAGGCUCAGUGUCCAGCUCCUCUCCUCGACCAAAGAAAGGGACUGAAGUUCACCACACAGAGUCCAGUCCUGAGGUUCUCAUGACAACAAUUUCACCAAAGACAAAAUCAUCCACAAAGCCAUUGAGUAAGAACUCGCCAUCAUCUUCAACAUCCUCCAAAUCCUCAGCUCCAAAGGCUUUCGGUUUGCGGAAAACAUCUUCGGAACAGUCAAAGUCAUCUGGCAGUGAUCUAAAAAAGCCAACGAGACCUAGUGUGUUAACCACAGGUAAAGAAAAGUUUAAUAAAACCCCAACAACAAAAGAUGUCCCUAGUCCUGUCAGGACUCCAACAUCUUCAAAAAGUGCCCUUGCCAAAUCAUACACCUGUGAGAGACAGGGAGCAAAAUCAAGUGUUUCAUCCACCAGUAAAUCCAUUCUUAGAUCAAGCCUGUCUGGUAGUGCUGCAACUAAAACAAAAUCUGACCCAACGAAAAUUAUAUCUAAAACUGAUCCUGAACGGACCAAGGGAGAUCCAAAAAUUAUCCUACCUAGAAUGCAAAAGCGAGGCAGUGUCAGUUCUGUUAACAGUGACUCUUCUAAAAAGAGUGAUCAUUUUCGUGACUGUUGCCAUGGUAGAAGGAGAAACACGGAGAAAAAGUGAUGGCUUUCACCUUGUUGUAGUUGACCUUCCCCUUGUGGUUGUAGGUGACCUUCACCUUGUGAUGGUUGUCGGUGACCUUCACCUUGUGAUGGUUGUAUUUUACCUUCACCUUGUGGUGGUUGUAGGUGACCUUCACCUUGUUAUGGUUGUAGGUGACCUUAACCUUGUGGUUGUUGUAGAUGACUUGACCCUUGUGGUGGUUGAAGGUGACCUUCACCUUAUGGUGGUUGUAGAUGACUUUCACCUUGUGGUGGUUGUAGAUGACCUUCACCUUGUAGGGGUUGAAGAUUAGCAUGUGUGGGGACCUUGAUCACCUGUUUUGUUAACAUUAUUUCAACUCAAAAAUAUUUUAUUAUCAGUACUUUUACAAACAUUUAUGAUAUUAAGUAUUUGAACAUUCUUGUAUGCAUUUAAAUCAUUGUAUAUAUAUAUAUAUAACUGCUUACUUGUGAAUAGUAAUAUCAUUUAUAAAUUAUUGUGUAGAUUCAAGUGAUUUCAACCUGUGCAAUAUAUGACAUAGUUGUGUUAGUGAUUUUUAAUUUUCCCUUGUGACGUUUUCUAUCUGGUCUAUACAUGCAUGGGUUUUUUUAUUGGUGCUUGCUGUAAAAAUCACCAAAUUAAUGGGAACGAUGUGGUCAUUAAAUUUAAGUAUUAAUGAUAAUUGUAAUUUAUUCAUAAUACUGUUCAGUGAUAAAUAUGUAUUUUGUCUGUGCCAGUUUUUUAUUGUAGCCAUAUAAUUAAUGUACUAUCUGUUAAUGCAUGCAGUAUCAUCCUGAGAUGAAAUUCUUAAUGUCUUUUCAAUAUCACUUUUCUGUCAGCUAUUUAUUUCUAGCACAUGUGUUAAGACUUAUGUUGUUGUAUUAAGCCAGUUAUCUCUCUUUGGUACAUUACAUAAAUAUCUGUUUAUUGUUCUCAUUAUAUACGUCACGUCGCUGGAUUUUUGUCCAAAGUUGGAAGUCUGCAUUUGGAAAACUAUAAUUGUCAGAUACCUCAUUACCAAAAAAUGCUUUGGGCCAAAUUUUAUAUACAUACUUCUAAACAUACUUCUUCAGAAAAAAAUCUGUUAUCAUCGAAUUAAAAUACAUAAAAUGCAUUAUUACUAGAUAUUAUUUUAUGAAAGAUAUAGAAAUUACCAAUGUGCAUUUGAAAGGUUUACCUAAAUUACCUCAAGUUCUUUUUUUAAAAUCCUCUAUACAUUUAUUUAUGUUGGCAUGAAUUUAUUUUGUUGUUUCUCUCUGUCCAUUAUAGAUCUGUGUUUAUCUUUAUAGACUAGUCAGUAUUAUUUAUUUUUCUGUUGUUUUUUUCUCUGAUGCAUCACUUUCAUAUACACAAAUUUACAUUGAACUUUCAUAUGGAAAUAUUUUUCUGUUGUUUUUUUUUUCUCAUGACAAUUUGGAAAACUGUGAAAUUGUGCAUUUCACAAUAGUUAUGACCAAUUAUUAUUUUUCUAAACUCAAGAAAACGCAAAAAAAUCCACCAAACUAUAAACCUUUAAUGAAAUAAAAUAUGUCUCGGUUCUUCCUUCUUAAAUGAAUAAAAUGCAGUUGUCAACUAUUUGUUUUUAUUUUGUAUGCAACAGAACUUGCUAAGAUUUUUUCGAAUUUUUUUUUUAACUGAAAAUGAAGUUGAUGCAUAAAUUUUUAUCCUUGAAAUGAAUUAUAAUGUAUCAUGGUUGUAAUCUGUAUAUGAAGUUGUGCUAUAGAUGCGGUUAUAUGUUGUGAAAUGUUCUGUUGUUUGCCAUUUUUGACAUAACUAGUGUAUUAUUUAGGUUACAUAGUUCAUACCUUGUAAGUUAUGUGGUUCUAUAGCACAUAGGUCAUGUGGUUCUAUACCCAGUAGGUUAUGAGGUUUGAGUAGGUUAUGAGAUUCUAUACCCCAUAGGUUAUGAGGUUCUAGUAUAUUAUGAGGUUAUAUGCCCCAUAGGAUAUGAGGUUCUAUACCCCAUAGGUUAUGUGGUUCUAUACCCUGAAGGUUGUGUGGUAUUAUACCCCAUAGGUUAUGUGGUUCUAUACCUCAUAGUUUAUGUGGUUCUAUACCUCAUAGGUUAUGUGGUUCUAUACCCUGAAGGUUGUGUGGUAUUAUACCCCAUAGGUUAUGUGGUUUUAUACCUCAUAGUUUAUGUGGUUUUAUACCUCAUAGUUUAUGUGGUUUUAUACCUCAUAUGUUAUGUGGUUCUAUACCUCAUAGGUUAUGUGGUUUUAUACUUCAUAUGUUAUGUGGUUCUAUACCCCAUAAGUUAGAUGAAGGUUAUGCGGUUCUAUACCCCAUAGGUUAUGUUGAUCUAUACCUCAUAGUUUAUGUGGUUCUAUACCUCAUAGUUUAUGUGGUUCUAUACCCCAUAGGUUAUGAAGUUCUAAACCCUGUAGGUUAUUUGGUUCUAUACCUAAUAGGUUAAGCUGUUUUAUAGCCUGUAGGUUAUGUGAAGGUUAUGUGGUUCUAUAUCCUUUAGGUUAUGUAGUUCUAUAUCCUUUAGGCUAGUGAUGUAAAACUACACAUAUCUCCUUUUCUUAUUUUCAUUUAUUUUUAUUUCUGUAAGUAUGUGUAUUGCAAUAUUUAUAUGAUAGCCAUUCAUACUUUUUCUUAGAAAUAAAUUAUAUGCUAUAAACUUCAUUUGUCGUUCUUUUUUAGCUUUUUUGUUUUUCAAAGAGAAAAAGUCACAUGUGUAUGAGAACUCAUGUUUGUGAUGACAAUAACCACAUGUUUAUGUUGUCAAUAGUGACAUGUUUGUGUUGUCAAUAGUGACAUGUUUGUGAUGACAAUAGCCACAUGUUUGUGUUGACAAUAGUGACAUGUUUGUGAUGACAAUAGCCACAUGUUUGUGUUGUCAAUAGUGACAUGUUUGUGAUGACAAUAGCCACAUGUUUGUGUUGACAAUAGUGACAUGUUUGUGAUGACGAUAGCCACAUGUUUGUGUUGUCAAUAGUGACAUGUUUGUGUUGUCAAUAGUGACAUGUUUGUGAUGACAAUAGCCACAUGUUUGUGUUGUCAAUAGCCACAUAUUUGUGUUGUCAAUAGUGACAUGUUUGUGAUGACAAUAGCCACAUGUUUGUGUUGUCAAUAGUGACAUGUUUGUGUUGUCAAUAGUGACAUGUUUGUGUUGUCAAUAGUGACAUGUUUGUGAUGACAAUAGCCACAUGUUUGUGUUGUCAAUAGUGACAUGUUUGUGAUGACAAUUGCCACAUGCUUACAUGAUCUUUACGUUGACAAAAGCCACGUUUUCAAAUCAAAUUUUAGGUCUCAGGGCUUGGACACAAUAUUGUUCGCAUGCAAUUUGCCGCACACCAAAAGGAACUACAUGUACUUCACUCGUGAAAAAAAGCUUUCGGUGUUCACUUGUCAAAAUAUAUUACGAGCUUACGCUGAAACAAAAAAUCAUGUUGUCAUACGUUUUGAUGCGAUGGUUUGGCGUCUAUUAUUCAGACGGAAUAGUAUAUAUGAAUUGUAAACAAUUUUCAGAAAACGUCAAUUUCAAAGUGCUCCGUAAAGCGCUACAUGGGUUGUCUUCACAACCAUUUCCUUCCUUAGUAUGAGAUUAUAUAAUUUUAUUUUUCAAAAGGAAACUCGUGAAUAGUUUAUAUACACAGCUGUAUAUUGUUUGUUGAUUUAUAUUAAAGUUUUGAAAUAUAGA